CAUCACCUAAAACCUCCAAGUCGAGCACAAGCCGCCACCAAACCCGCGCGGCGUGACAUUCCGCAUCUCGACGGCCCUCGACCACACCGGCAUAUUCUCCCCCUAUCCCCCCGCGCGGCUUCACCUCCCCGCCUCUAUCAUCCUUGCAUCGAUACCCGGGUUCCGCUCACGUACUCGCUCGCGACCAUGGCGCCCACCGCGCCCGAUUUCCAAAAGUUCAUCACCGACGCCCGCGAGCGCAAGAAGAACGAGGCGCUCGCCGAUCGGAUCUUCUCCCGGGAUCGCCGGCAGAGCGCGCCCUCCAAGCUCAGAGCAAGCGCUACGUCGGGCGUUGGCGGCUCCCUUGCCAGCCGUGUUGGCGUCGUCAAGAAGCGCGUCGGAGAUGCGACCUCGCGCAGGUCGAGCAUGCCCUCGGCGGGCGACGUGAACGGCGAGUGGACGCACGAUCUGCACGACUCGCUCAAUACCCGACCCGGGUCACUGGCAUCCCGCAUCACGAGGCCCGGCGCCGCCCCUAACAAGAAGACGAUUCCCGCUCAGCAGCGAAAGUCGAAGCUCUCUUCAGCACUGGACCGAGCCGAUGUGGACCAACUUAACAUCGUCAACAAUGGAAGCGCCGCCACAGCAUCGACGUCGCGGAGCAGGGCGGGUGGUUUGGGCAUGUCGAUCCGCGGACUGGCUGGCCCCUUCGCCGUCAUGGGUCAAAACUUUGCACCCGGCACGUCAGCAGCGGACAUUGAGAGCGCCAUGACUCCCAUCGGCGGCGACAUGGUGAGCUGCAGCAUCGUGAAAACGCAUCCGUUUGUCCUAGCCGAAAUGGUUUUUUCCUCGCGCGAGGGUGGCGAGCGCGUCAUCGACACCUUCAACGACAAAACGGCCGAUGGUAGGAUUCUCAAAGUCUACGCAAAGCCGGGCGGCUAUUCGUCUCCCGCCACUACAAGCUCGCCACCCGCGAAUGCCCCCAACGGACCUCGCGCCACGAGAGCCACAACGCGCGACCAGGUCGUUGACGGGCGCUUGGGGUUCGGGGAUGAUCUCAUGGACACGGACAUGGCAUCAUCGUCCUCCAAAGCUUCCACGCGGCAACCCUUGUACAGUGACAGGUUGAUCGCUGGGAACCGCCGGAGUCGGGGACGCGGCGGCAGAUAAGCUGCUGGUUUUUAUCCCUCGUUUUCUCACAAUCCUGUGACUCCUUGUCGCCGUGUCUUAUGCGGCGGAUGGCUGGUGCCAGAUGGCAAGGGUUGUUUUCUCGGGGCAGAACGGCAUGGGCCUUGGGCUGAGCCUUGGCGGGCGACCCAUCGGUCGUGAUGUACCCAGCGCUUGGGUAUCUCGACAAUACUCUUUCCAUAUCUCAGGCUUCAUGGUUGCAAGUGGUGAGCCGUAGGAGGGAAACGGUCAACGUACGGCGUUCAGGCGAAAAGGCUCGUGGCCAUAUUGUACUCCUUCAAGGACAGCCCGGAGGGGUGGGAAAGGACAAUCUCUGUGGUUUAGUCCCUAGAAUUGAACAUUCUCGAAAAGUGAGCCGAAGAAUCAGGGG